AUGUCCAACGACAGCAGCCUCCUCCAUGUCUGGGAGGCCUCCGAUUGGGCAGACACUUCUCAGUGCCCGCCCUCGGUAGGUGGGGCGACGUUCCUUAUCGUGGCGUACAGUGCUGUCAUUGCCAUCGGGUUGCUAGGCAACGCAGGUCUGGUGUUCAUCAUCGCCCGGCAACAAGAGUUGCGGAACGUCACCAACAUCCUGAUCGCCAACCUGUCGUGCUCUGACAUCCUGAUGUGCAUCGUGUGCCUGCCCGUCACCGUCAUUUACACCCUGAUGGACCGCUGGGUGCUGGGGGAGGCCCUGUGUAAGGUGACGCCCUUUGUUCAGUGCAUGUCGGUGACGGUUUCUGUCUUCUCCCUGGUUUUGAUUGCUUUGGAGCGCCACCAGCUGAUCCUCCAUCCCACCGGCUGGUCCCCGGCCGCCGGACACUCCUACCUGGCCGUGGGGCUGACGUGGCUGGUCGCCUGCUUCAUCUCGCUGCCCUUCCUGUCCUUCAACAUCCUCACCAAUGACCCAUUCCAGAACAUCAGCCUUCCCGCCAACCCCUUCAGGGAUCAUUUGAUCUGUAUGGAGCUGUGGCCGUCAGACAAGCAUCGCCUCGCCUACACGACCUCGCUGCUUAUCUUCCAGUAUUGCCUGCCCCUUCUGCUGGUGCUGCUCUGCUACCUCCGGAUCUUCCUACGCCUGAGACGUCGCAGGGACAUGCUGGAGCGCAGCAGGAGGACUCGAGGAGCCCAGAGGAUAAACAUAAUGCUGCUGGCCAUCGUCAUCGCCUUCGCUCUGUGCUGGCUGCCGCUGAAUGUCUUCAACACUCUGUUUGAUUGGCACCACCAGGCCCUACCAGACUGCCAGCAUGACGCCGUCUUCUCCGCCUGCCACCUGACAGCGAUGGCCUCUACCUGCAUUAACCCCGUCGUCUACGGCUUCCUCAACAGCAACUUCCAGAGGGAGCUGAAGUUGACGCUGCAGCGCUGCCAGUGCGGCAACCAGGCCGCAGAGAGCUACGAGAGCUUCCCUCUCUCCACCGUGGGUAGCGAGGGCAUGACCAAAGCAACGUCCCUCAACAGGAUGGGCUCAGUGUGCGUCCCCUCACCCAGACCUGAGAUCAGCUCAGCAAUACUAGCCAAAACCUUACCGGCUGCUACCUAAUGAUGCGGACUAUGACCACUCUCUUCUGACAAAUGGUUCAAUCAGUGGUUCACAGCUGGAGACAGUGUGCCAACAGCUGUCUGUGAUGACUGUGUAAGUCAAAUACUGCUUCUACUUGGCUUGGUUUCCAUCACUUUGCUGCCAGAGAAAAACAGCUAAUUUCAUUUGGGCCGGCUGUUUGGGGACAGGACCCGAUGGCUGAUUCUGCUUUGAGUCCCGACCAUGAGAACCAAACCCCUUUAGAGUGACUCUGCCGAGUGACAGAAGGGAGAGGAGGCAGAACAGCUGGGAGAAUGGACUUCUCAGUGAGACCAGCCCCUUACUUACUAUGGCUGCCAGUUUUAGCAGACUAGGAUGUGGUUAGAAUGUUGCAGCCACCUACGUUACGGCCAUUCUGAAGCUCUCUAGAAUGGCAACAUUCUAACAACACUCAAGAAUGUUGUAGACACGACGAGUGAAGUGAAACAGGAGGGGCACUGCUUGGAUCAUCAGCCGAGCGCCAGACCAACCAACCAACUGACCGUCUGACUGACAGACAGGCUGACCAUCUGACCAACCAACAGACCGAUCGAUGACUGCAACACAAAAUGAUGGACGUUGCAGGUAGGGGAGAAGCUAGCACCACCUCUCAAGAUGCAUUUUGUUAAGAAAUGACACAUCAAUCUAGAAAAUUCAGGAAUGGCGGGAGAAAGGAAGAGACUGCAGCCGUUAUCAGCUCACUUAACAGCUGCAGUGCCAGGUUUUCUUCACAUCUCCCUGCAAACAGAACCAGCGGCCCCUCCCACUCUGCGGUGAAGAGAAGACACACACCUUUGGUUUUGCUCCAGGUGUAGGUAGCUUUGUGAAUGUUGAUGAAACCAGAUUACGCUGCUGUGAAGUUUCUUUGUGCAAAGAGCUCAGCGGAAGUUUCAGGCUGCAGUUUUUCAUAUCCUAACACAAACUGUCACUGCAGCUGGAAACUGAAGAAAUAAGUUCAAAUCAAAUAAAAAAUGACCAUGAUGCAGUAAGUUACUGAAGCUAGUGCUAUAACUCUGGCUGUCUCCUGGUCAACAUUUACUGCCAAAAUUAAAACGGUUUCGUUUCAGACAGAAACAGUUUGUCGAGUUUUGUUCACAGGCAUCGAUUUGCUCAGCCAAAAUGACAACUGUCACUGAGCAGUUGUACAAAGUAGCCUAGCAAGCUAAUUAAUGUCUGAGUUGGUUUUACAUACUCUGUAAAAGCGGUUAAAGUUGAUACUGUGCUAAAUGAUUGAAGCUAAAUUCCAGGUAAAGUUCCAGAAAUAAAACCACAGCACCGUCACAGUACUGUAGGCAGACAUGCCAGUGUUACAGGCUGUGUUAACCCUCCGUACCCCGGCCAGCGUGUUUCUACUACUGUCUGUGUACAAAAAAGGCUUUUAUACACACUAUAUUUUAGCAUAUUUAAUAAUAUCAACACUUAGCAAUAAAUCAGGACUAAAAACAGAUAUGUGGCCAUUAAAUAUUUUGCAGUAUUUUACAAUUCUACCACUGAGUCCCCUCAAACGCUCCAGCCAGCGUUUAUCCAGUGAGUGCAUGCUGUCAGGUCACAGUUUACAUCACAAUGCUUGCUGUGGAUCACCCACCUUUAUUUACUGUGGUGGAGGCUGUGAAACUUUGUGAAAGGAGUCAGAAAUGUGAGUCAGAGAAGCUCACAGGUGACCGAUGAGAGCCAUACUGAGGUGAGCUGUUGAGGAUUUCCAGGAAUUUUCUGGUGGUAAGUGCUGCUGUUAGCUGCUGUUAGCUGCUGUUAGCUGUCCAGUGACUGAGCGUCACAUGUCUGAUCAGCUGACAAUAAGUAAUUAUGAUAUUAUCGGCAUAAAAAAAAAGCAUGCUUAUGCAUGUUUUCUUUUGUUAGAGCCCUGACUUGAGGUCAGGGGAUGAGGAAUUUACAAAUGUACAAAUGGUCAUAUAUAGUUUAAAUUAGUAUAGUUUAAAUCUUUAAAUUAAAAUAAUUGACACAUCACAGCAGUUUAUUAGCUAAAUUUAGGUGUUCAGAGAAUCUGUUGGGGUAUGGAGGGUUAAAGCAGCUAAAGAGGACCUGUUCUGUUUUCCUUUAUAUUAUACAUCAUGCUCAUAUUAAACAUCACCAGAGUUUGAUACUGAGCUCAGUUAUGUAGAAGUAAUCACUGGGAGCCAAAAGCUCAGGCUGCUCAGUUUCUACUCUUGGAUCUCUAUGAUGUCAUAGACAGAGAGGAUAUCCUUAAAUGGUCAUCUCAUCUCACCCAGUUUAUGAGGGGCAGCCAAUGAAAAAGCUGGUUUAAAGGACAGAGGAUGAGCUGAGGUUCAGCAUCAAGGCCAAACGUUUGAUAAAUAGUGAUUAGUUUGAACUGUGGAUCGUGCUGAGCUACUCUGGUCCCAGAUUAAUAAUCCAGAUCUCAGAAUAAGCAUAGUAGGAUACGGUUUAAUUGGGUUAAUCUGUAGAUAUGCUGAUCUGAGCUGAGUGGCUGCCUGGCGUUAAAGUGUGUGCGCAGCAGUGAAAUGGAAACACCUGGAUGAAGUAUAUGUGUUAUAUGUAAAACUAAAUGAUGUCAUGAGUGUCGAUAAGCAUGCCUUAUUAAGUGGUGAAGAAGAUUAGUGAUUAAUACAGUGGAAAACAAUAAGGUUACUUAAUGUAUAACACGAGUCAAACUACAGAAGCUUUGAAUAUAAUCCUGCGAGCGGCCAGCGUCUGUGCUAAUGUGAGCAUUUAGAGACUAGGAUGGAUUUCCUCCUGUGUUCAGUGGCUGUGCUUUAAAUAAAGUUGUUGAAGAUGCCAUUUAGCCUUACUUCGUCCUGAAUGAGAAGAAACUGUAGGAAUGUUUGAGACUUGUAGCAGCUGCACCACUGUUACACUGUUACAGUUAUCCUUUGAAGAAAUCUUCAGGCAUUACGCCCACUCUUUUUUCUUUUUUGUUAAAGUAUAAAACUUUAUUUCUGCAAUCCCUAAAAUCUGUCGAAUCUACAGAAGCAAAAUUUUGAGUUAGCUAAUCAGGAAGCACCAUGAUGGUACGCCAUUUCCUUAUUACCUGGAAGCAGGAAGGCUGAAGGCAUCAGUUGUCAAACAGUUCAACAUGAACACAUUAAUUCCUUUUAUUCAGCUCUUAUUGGUUAGAAGGUCAAAGGUCACAAACCUGAUGAUCACAUGUGCUACACACUGCUAGCUCACUGAUACCGUUGCUUCCUGAUUUUGAGUGCGUGUACGUUGGCGUCGUCUGCUUCCGGGUAACGAGGAAAUGACCUCUUUCACGGAGCUUCCUGAUUGGCAGAGCUAACUCCAAAUGUUUUUUCAAUGGUGGAUUCAAGCUUCCAUAAAAAUCUCCCCCUGUCCGUCGCAGAGACCAGAAUGUUCUCUGUAAUUUCAGUUCAGCUUUUUAAUUUGAUCGAUAUUUGAACACUUUUAUAAAUGAUCCUUUUUCUAUACAUCUGCAUUUUUAACCCACUUUGUGCUUUUUUAAAAAAUAUUGAGCUGUGUCUGAUUUUUCUCAUUUCAUUUCCUAACCUGUGAUUUUGUAAGCUGGGACCAAACUGUUCUUUCACAGUGUGUAAUGUGACUGUUUUCUCUGUCUUUGUGGCCCUGUCAUUAACGUAAAAAAAUGUCACCUGUGUGUGGGUUGUUGGGUAAUGUAGUGCAGAAAGUUUGCAUUAAAAACC